ACUUAAUUGAUAUCCUAAACCUCUAUGAUAGAAGUAUAUAACAAUUCAGGUAAGGUUGCAGAAAGCGGUGAAUAGUAUAUUGUUUGAAGAAUUUCUCAUUUAAAUAUGUAUUUAUUAAUUUUGAAAAUUAUAUGAAAAAUUCCAGAAUAUGGACCAUGAAGACAAAAAGGCUUCUGAAGCCACCGCCCGAGUUUUCUCUGGAGGUCUAAAUAAAAAACAAGUUAUCGAUUACUACAACAACUGGGAAGAUUACGAAACGCACCUGCAGCCUGGUAGAUACAAUGGGCCACUAUACGCUGCUGAAGCAGCUGACCGAAGCUUUCCAAGCAACAAAGAUACAGUUCAAAUUCUGGACGUGGCAGCGGGUACGGGGGAAGUAGCUGAAGAGUUGGUCAAGAAAGGUUUCAAACAACUUGACGCUUUGGAUCCCAGUGAAAACAUGUUACGUAAGGCACGGGCGAAAAACAUCUACCAGAAGAUUUACUGCGAGUUUCUGUCCAAAGAGCCUUCUCCUAACAUCACUAAUGAUGCAUACUCGUGUGUUGUUAUUUCGGGAGGGUUUGGAAGUGGUCAUAUACCUCCAGGUGCACUGGUGGAACUGAUCAGAAUCACAAAACCAGGUGGAAUGAUAAUUAUCGUGAUGAGGGAAGAAUACUUAGAUAUAGAGGAGUACCGUGACAGCCUGGAACCUCUGAUGGAGAAAUACCAGAAGGACGGACUGUGGGAGCUUGUAGAGAGGUCUAUUGUCCACAAGUAUUUCUGUGACAAAACGGGCGUCAUCUUCCGCUUCCAAGUCAAACACAAGUCUAAGUGAAGA